AUGUGCAGCGUGAUUGGUUUAUCACCAUGGGAUUACACUUCUGCUUUCGACUCUGACAUUCUGGUUUUCACUAUAAGAGGAAUGUAGGAGACGGAGUUAUAAGUGGAGUCAGAAAAAAUGGAAACAUUCUGAUUCUUCUGACUCCAAUUGCGUAGUGCUUAUGACUCCGUUUACGCCUCCUAUUUUGGAUUUUCACUAGGUCAUAAGCGCUCUUACGACUCCACUUACAACUCCGACUCUGACUCAGUCGCUAGUGAAAACUAGCCUUAAAAGUUAAUUGUUGGUAAGCCUUCAACAAUUUUUUUAGUGUCUCUUUAUGGAGAGCAUCAAGAUUGACUAGUAUGAUAAGCAGAUAAAAUGAACCUGCAAACAACAGGAGCAACUACAGAAUACAAGGCCAUAUUUUAAAGUCUUAAACAGAAGUGGCUCGGUGGCUCGCUAGUCACGACAAGUGUUUAAAGAACAAGAAAGAUAUAAGACACGUAAGUAUAAGACAGACAUAGAAGGCAUAUACUUUAGUAUGUAUUAUAGCAGAUUAUAGGUAUAUAUUUUAGUGGCUCGGCGGCUCUUCAGUCGAGGUUAUAUAGUUUAGUGGCUCGACGGCUCGGUGGCUUGUUAGUCGGGACUACCGAGCCACCCCAACGAAUAUACCUAGAAAAUUUGCCCUGUAUUCUAUAGUUAAGCCCUUUGAAGACACUGCAACCAUCAGGUCUUGGGCCACUAUGAUAGACUUUAUUCAAAGAUGACAGAUUAGAAAACUGACUAUGGGUGUUACUAAAUUAGAUGGCUAACGAGAUAUCUCAUAAAAAGAAAUUUAAAAAAAGUGGUCAUCAAACAGAGCACCCUAAAUGUCUAACUUGAUACGUACAUGUAUCAUACACAGAUCUUUGAUACCUUCAAACAAACACUAACACUUGCCUCUCCUUUAUAUGGGCAAGUUAGCCUCUCAAAAAGUCAAGAAUAACAAGUGGUAAUAAUGGAGCGACCGGAAAUUGUCCAAAAGUUCGAAUGUGCCCUUUAGCAGCCUGAAGCAAAUUGACUUAUUGCUAAGAAUGCAGACUCGCGUAGCUGUUUUGCACGCAAAGAAACCGUGCGUUGAAAUAUCGGUUAAGAGACCCUUCAAAGACACUUUUUUGCUGUCUGAGUUCAAAUAUAAGGAGUAGGCCUCCAAAAUAUGUUUUGAAAGUGUCAACCUACAUAGCCUUUGACAAGUUGCGGGGAUGCUAAGACUUUUCAAGACAAACUGCUUCUCGAAAUUUAUUAAACAAAGUCAAGUAAUUAUGGUGAAAUGUACAAAGCAGUAAGCAUUGCCCGAGGCAAAAAGCCGUCAAGCACACGAACAUUACAGGUCUGUUUUAGCUGCACUUUGAAGUCAAUAAUAACAGUUUAGUAUUCAAGAAAAGGGAUUUUGCAUUCUUAAAAAAAGUUAAUCCCUCUAUUUGGGAACUGUACGACACGGAUUUAGCCGUCAAGCAUACUUUAGUCGCAGCAGUUUUCGAGAAAUUUGACCCGAUAAAGACAUCUUUGAUGAAAAUACAUGAGAAAAGCAGAAUUUCCUGCGAAGCCGACUCUCGUUUCGUGAUACGAGCCAAUCCACAAUUAUGGGUACAUUAUAUUGGGCGAUGCGGCUUCAAUUUAGCCCAAAAUAGAACUCAGCUUCACCAAUAGGCCAUCUGAAUAAAGCUUUACUGAGAGAGUUCGUGGUUAUAAGCUUAAAUAAGCUUGGGUCAUACAUAAGUCCUCACAAGAUUUUUUUAUUUUUACCGCGGUGAAACAGCGUAUGGAACGAAAAACAAGAUAAAAAGUUUCUCAAUUUUACGUUCAUUAAGCAUUCAGUAAUGUUUUAUCCUAGUGAUCACUACGAAUGUUUUCUCAUUUCGCGAGAUUUGUUUGGAAUCGGAUGCCCGAAGAGUUAACAAGAGCGCUUCCGUCAAGAUUAAGAAAACUGUCAGUGGAAAGCGAUUUUGCUCAUUGAAAAAAGUUUCUGUCUUCAACGGAAGGCAAAAAGUCGAAUGAAGAAGAGUUAGCUCUUCAAAGGCUUGUAAAAACAAAGUCUACAGAUCUCGCGUGUAUUCAUCAUACACUUUGCUGACCGCCGAAGCAGAACUGCUAAUCUUUAAAGAAGCUAAAAACAAAAUCGCCCUUGCUAGGAUCAACAAAACAUCUAAUGUUUGUCGAAUCCGAAUUUCCGUCAAGUUGACUUACCUACUGAUAGCGUAAACAACGAAAAACUCAACAACACGAAGCCACAUCGCGAUAGCCCUUCCAUGUUUCUUGUGCAUAGAUCGACAAACAACAAACCCCUCUCUGUCGGGUUUUGUCAAUGUGCCCAAUUAUGGAAAUUGGGUCUGAAUCGAACGCGUUGAUUGGCUGAUAGAGAGUAACAGAUGUCACCUUUUUUUCAAGGCAUUUGGCGGUUUAGGAUGAUUACAGGCAAAUACGGAGAAUUGUUGCCUAUUGUUAAGCGACCAAUCGCAAAGGGGGCUAUUUUUCUUUCGGAAACAACAAAGGCUUUUGCUAAAUGAGUCUUAAGAUACCGAAAAAUAAUGCCUUUUAUCCUCAGCGUCUGGGGAAAUAAAGUGAGAAUAUAGAGUUCAAUAAAGAUGCCGACUGCAUUUACGUGUGAACAUACAAGAGAAGCUAUGAGACAAAGGAAGUUUUGUUACUGAAAAACGAGGCUUUUUGUAAGUUUCAAGCACCGGUAGCAAGCAAUUCAAUUAAGAGUAAGCCUGGAAAUGGAUUUCUUGUGAAAUUCGACAUGUUAAAAGGCAGUAUAAUUCACUGUUUGUUAAGAGUUUUUUAGGUGGCUAGUCCAGACACAGGACUCAAUCGAAGCUCACAAAUUCUACGAAGUUCUGUGAGCAAAAUGGACGACAGCAAAGUUUAGAAAAGGAUCCUAUUGGAAAAAAAAAAGAAAAAGCAAUGAAUAAAACAGAAGUCAAUACAUUUUCACGGUUUUGCACAAAUUACAAGGUAAACAUAAAACAAACACGACUCUGCCAAAAUCUGUAGGUGAAGACAAAUCAAACCGAAGAGCCAAUACUGAUUAUAAUUUAUCGAAAUGCUAGACAAAACAACGCUGCCACAGUAUUAAGUCUAUUAAAAGAAACAGUAAGCUUCACGGAAAAUAAAACUUGAAUAGCAACUGAAAAGACUAUUUUUGGUACAUUAAAAUUCAUACUUGACCAUAUUUGGCUCCGAGGCUUCGGAGGAAUAAAAGAAAUCAUGAUUUCUUUUCUUAGUAUCCCGCAAGCCUCACAGCCAAGAAUGAAUUUUAAUAUAUCGGAAUUGGUCAAUUAGUAUUUCUUUGGAUGUGGCCAACCUAAUGCAAAAUGGGCACUGAGUCUAUUGCUAGUCGCUCAUCAGCGCUAUGCAGGGUCGUCCCAUGAAAAGUUCGGGGUUUUUUUGUACUCUGGCCCAAGUCCACGAGUCCAAUUUGACAGCCAAACUACUUCUAUUAUUUUGAAACUUUUUUUUGGGGUAUGUCUGGGAUUUUGAGAAUUGGCUUCGCUUCAGCUCUUCAUUGUAAAAAGCUCGAUCACUCGGACUUUCGUGCAAAUUAAAUACAUUUUACUUAAUAUUCUCCCUACUAAUUCUCAAUUUAUUUAUUUAUUUUUUAUAUACACUAAGUCUUAAUGGAACUUAAUUUUUCACUAGCCGGGAGACAAGGACUAAGCUAAGCAGUGUUUCCGUAGCCAUCCAACUCGAUAUGCCUCACCACAUACGAACUACUCACGAAAUAUGAGCUGAAUUCAUUCUUUAAAAAGUGAUAACCUGAUAACAAAAAAUUUCCUAUGCGGUUAAAAGUUGUGGAAGAAUUACCGAGAAAAAGCUGUGAGAAAUUUAGGGUAUCCCAUUUUCAGAUUAAAGGGUCACGAACAGAACCCACAAGAAGGGUCCAGACAAUCGUCGCUUAUCACCAUAAUUCAAAGAGUUACUUUAAGGCCCGGGGCCCAGGCUUUUUAAAAGAUGUGACUUGCAAUUUUCAGUUGUUUAUGAGUAGGUUAAUUGUGGUUUAUAUAUUAGUCACUAAAUUAAUGUUUAUGUUUUUAAUGCCGGCUUCGUAGCCUGCGUCACAGACACUCUAAACCUUCUGUAUAAUUACCCUGCGAGCAGAGGCCUUCUCUCUUGUAGGGAUUUUAGCGUUUACGAAGUCGAUCGCAACAGACAAGCCACGCGAACCACUUCGUAAACGCUAAAAGCCAUUUAAGAGAGAAACCUCUACUCGCAGGUUACUGUAUAAUGGUCUAGACGAUACGUGGACCGGCUGCAACGCACGGCUGGCUAUGCCUCCGUGCUGAGUGACGAUAAUUACACUAAGCCGAGGUUAGAUUACUUUCAAAAUGGCAGGUAAACAACCUGGUUCACAGGUUGUUCAAAGCCGGGUUAAGAUAACCCAAGGUUAGUGCGAAAUUUGAAUUCAGAUAUGAAAGCUUAAAAAGUAAAUUCAGCUUAAUUCUUUUUGUCAGCAAGUUGACGAUUGCAUGCUGUUCAAAAUAUCAAAAAAUGCUUUUGAACAAAAGAAAAAGAAACCCGGUUUCAAUUUAACCCUGGGUUAAGCGCUGACAGCGCUGCUAAGCGGCCUUCGAGUGGAGGUAACCAGCAAUUGAAACUGAAAUGUUUUGAAAACUAUGCAAUGCGUAGAUUAUAUAAUGUUCUCUUUCUCAAUUAAACUUCCUUCUCGUUUAUUUCAAAAUCAUUGCUGACUCGUGCUGACGUUAUAUGCAUUCCGCGCAUGCUUGAAUUUGUAGUUUCAAACUGAAGGCAUUGUCAUUUAUUAAAGGAGCUAUAUUACACUACUUGAUUUCUUUUUAAAAAGCUAAAACUUUUUUCCGCAUCAUCUGAAUUGCAAAAAUUAAGGGUCCAGUUUUGUUAUUUACGACUUUGUUCAGGCAACUAAACUGUGUUCCUGUCAGUCUGAAGCCACUUUAAAAUUACCAAAAACACUCGUGAUUAUUAUUGUUAGUGUUCCCGGAAGAAAUUCGUUUGAUGUAUUCUUCAUAAAGGUGAUGUUACAUGAGACGAUUCACAACGACGAUUUUUAACACAGCGUUGCAACAUUGUUUCAUUGUUUCGUUUGUCGUAAAAAAAAUUAACUUCAACUUUAACUUUUUCUAACCUCAAUUUCUCAGUAUAGGAGUGAAUAUUGCUGUUUAUAUGAAAUUAGAUGUCUUGUCUCCCGGGAGUGGCUGAUGGACCCCAAAACGACCUUUUUACAGGCCUAAUCCGAUAGAAAUUUUUAAACCUUUUUCAAAACAACUGAUUUUUCUUCUUCAAAAAAAAAAAAAACAGAAAGUACAGUUUUAUACCCUCAUGACCCCUCUCGAAUCGAAUCGCCCUGGUUACCCAGACUACCUUGCGCCGGGCUGCGGGAAGUUCAAAUUUCCAAACAACCAAUCAAAUCGCCCUUGACCACUGAAGGAAAAUUCAGUUCGUUUAUUCCACGAGUCGAUCCUUUAUACGAUUUUCCAUCGCCUCUUGUUUUGAAUUUAUAAAUUUCCUUUAAUUGUAUCAUUAGUCUUUUAGAGUUUCUUUUUGGAUCUCUGUCUUCGUUUUGGUAAGUACUUUGAUCUAAACGCAUGACCAUUCGGCCAUGCUGAUAGUUUUGACGUUGAGUGCGCGGGUAGUUCGAAGUCUGUCGAUCCAAUCUUACAUUAUUGCAUGUUUGCUCGCCAUGAAAACGAACUUAAAGAAGACCAUUUCUUUCGAUGUAACCUUGUGAUAAAGACAGGAAUGUUUACGUGGCUCUCUCGUGUAAAAUAUGAUACUUAGAUGCGGCUAAGUUUCCAAUUACGAUCGCUACGAUCGCUGAAAACGUAGAAAUCAUUGAGAAACUACUCUCCAGCGAUCGAAGCGACAACGAUCGCUGAGAUAGAAAAAGUUCUUUCUCAGCGAUCUUCACAAUAGCUGAACCCUUUUUCCAGCGAUCGCAGCGAUCAUACAAACUGUAUGGAAACCAGGCUUUAGGCACAUCACAUCAUAAAGGAUCGCUGCGCUUGAUUGUUUUUUAAAACCAUUUGAAAUUGAGGCUUACAUGCAGAAAUUUAUAGGCGCAGGUUUGUGGAUAAAACUAAGCAUUAAGGGAAUAUAAACUGAGUUUACCCUUAAAUAUGUUGAUUAGAAUCUUAAAUCUGUGUUGUCAUUCAUGAAUGGAAUAGAGCCCAUCUCUAUCAUCUUUCAACAAACUACAUGUAUGUUCAACAUACUUUGUUGAACGAGAGAAGGGCACUGCAUUUGUUGAUCAGCAGAUGUCGAACUGUGUGUCACUGGCCUAGAACACUCCCCGAGUUUAAUUACUCUGACAACUUUUGAAAUGAAUAGUAUGAAAGUUGAUAGUAAAACGUAAAUUUUGGGUCUAUCCAAAGGUAAAAGGCUUUGACAGAACCAACCUGACUCCUGUAACAUAUGCAUGCAUGUUACUCUUACCUUGAUGUCAUAUUGUGUCAGGGACACUAGCUAGCCUGCGAAAACAGCCAUUUCUCCUUGCUCCUUGCCACUGGGACAUUUUUGCGAGGAGGAAAGUCUGCGACUCAGUGACAGAAAUUCCAUACUGAUGACAUAAAAUCUGUCCUGAAUUCGGUCAGAAGUGCUGAUUGGACAACAAAGUAGUUACAUUGUCUUAGCUAUUGUUUACGAAUGACAUACAAAAGACAAAAGGCCACAAAAGUCAAAUGUGAAUGCAAUGAAUCCAUAACAAAACAGUCAAUAUUUGUGGAAUAUAUUCUUCUCUGGAAGAAGCAGUUGAGUUUAAUUUUGCUGGAGCUUUUCGCAGAUGAACACAACACUUUUCCAAAAUCAACAAGGAGAAAUGUAAAAUUAAACAAAUUUGUAUUUAGAACCCCAUGACUACCAGAUAUAUUAUGUAAACAUUGAUUUUUGUCAUCAGUGUGGAAUUUCUGUCAUCACUGAGUCGCAGGCAUUCCUCCUUGUGAAUCGUCCAAGAAGCAAGGACAAACGGCUGUUUUCGCAGGCCACAGGGACACAGGACAGUAGGAAACAAAACCGCUGUGAACAACAUUCUAUGUUAAGUUCCUACAGAUGCACAAAUUUUAUCUCUGGUCCUGGCUAUAAUAAACAAAUGUUUAGAAGUCUUCCUUGUUGGUGCUGACCUGAGUCUUCUCUAUUAUUUCUUCAGAGACUGGUUUUAUGCUAAAAGACCCAGGCUUAGGGUUAAAAGAGAAGCAGUAAACAUGGAUUCUACAGAAGCACAAGUUGUAAGUGUUAGCUGGGGAUUGACCAAAGUUACUUCUUAGCCAUGUCAAUCAUGUGUAAUAUUUACGGGGAUGUAAUUAGACAGUCAUUAUUAAUUUAAUGAGAUGAAAUUUGUUUGGGUAAAAGUGUUAAAUGUUAUUUCCAUUUGGGUGUGACUGACUUCCAGUUCAAUGGAUGUCACGUUGUGUCACAAUGAUAAUUCAAUCUGUUCUUUUCUUAGUUCUUUGAUGGUCAACUACAAGUCUUUUAACAGAUGUGUAUGUUUGACAAUUUAAAUGUUAAUUUACACUCAUUUUUUUUUUCAGCGAUCACCAUUAGCAACUCAAGAUCAAAAUAUCAUGGCCAGUAAACAAACUGCGAAGUCUCAAUUUAUCAGCAAACUUAGACCACCAUCAGCAAUAAAAAGACCACGGGAACAAGCAUUGGCCAAAGUUGAACAAGCAAGUUCUGAGGUAUAAAAUUACACACGUAAAGUGAAGGAAAUGCUACAUCGCGGGCUUCUGAUAUUAAGCAAAAUUUGUGCAGUUUAUUAAUCUCUAUGAACGACAUAAUCCAUAAGAAAUUUCACUAAUAGAAAAAUUUUUCAUUAUUAAUUCAGUCUGCACUGAAUAAUAACAGUUUAAAAUACAUGUAAAUGAAUUUCAUGACUAAAGACUGUAUAAGAAAGUGUUUUAUUUGCAGUCUACUCUUUGUCCAGAGAAAUCUCCUAAUUGCCAUUUGAUAGACCUUUUCACUGCAUAAUUAAUGUGACCUCCUAUAAAGUCUACAUAAUUUUUUUAUAAUUAUAAUAAUAUUAUUAGCAACUAUCAAUUUGCAUGAGAUUGAUCUCAAGUCAUAUACUAAGGUAUUAACAGUGUUACGUGAGUUUUGUUUUAAUUUGUGAUUUUUACCUUUUGGGACCAAACUCAUGCAAGGCAGUUGCUCAUAAUUGCUGGAAUCUUCCUCUCAACUGAACACUUUAAAUUCUAAUGAAGCUUUUUGACUAAAACAAUACAGCCUCCACCAAAAAUGAAAAGAUCAUCGUCACAAACCUCCUUGUCAUCGCAAGCCAAAACAGCAAAUUCAAGGCCUGCUGUCUCUACAACAUUAAGGCGUCAGACUUCAGCCACUACAACUGCAAGGAGGGGUGUUGUGUCUGGUGGACCUCAGGCACGUACAGGACAGGUGUCAUCCGUUACCAAGAGACAGACCAUAGCCUCUAAACCACCCACCAAUGUGAAUAAAAGCUCCAAUACAAAGGCAUCCGCUAAUGAGCCUGUAAAAGGCUUCAUAGGUUAGUGAAAAUUUUUAUGACUUAGCUCGAGUCUUAUCUUGUUCCCUUCUGACAGAGAAGUGCAGGCUCAUUUCCCAGACAGCGGCUGGUAAUCAAGCAUGCUCUUUCCACCAUUCUUCCACGUACCUUUUUUUACUCUCUUUAAAGAAAAAAAUGCGCUUCAUUUGAGUUAAAGUACUGAUUGGGGACACUAGUUUUACCUCUCUUACUGGAGACAUAACCACCAUUUUACGUGGUCAUCUGAGCCACGCGAAGAUCCAGUUGCUUGCUGUGCAAAUGGAGUACCUUCAUUUCUCAGUUAUUUUAAGACCCAGCUGAGUAAUGGUCCGGCCCAGGGAAUCAAACCCACGACCUCCUGCUCUGCAGUCAGGUGCUCUACCGACUGAGCUAAUCCUGCUGUGGAAGUCCCCUUUGAGAGACACUUAUGGCCAUUCCAAAUCAGCAUGGUCCGUUUUAAAGAGAUUUCAUAAUAUCCUAAUAUCAUCAACCUUUAAAUUUACCAUUAAUAAGCUACAUAUGUCAGUGUACAUGUACAUUUCCUGUUUUUCAAUUGUAUUUCUAUUUACCAUGUUAUUGUUAUUCUGUAGCUAUUAAGAUUAAGGCGCAACCACAUAAUAUUUUGGUUAUAGGCUAGCAUAUCAUUUUAAAAGACAGUGGCUAUAAACAAAAGGACACAGCCACAUAGCAUGUAACAUUUUGGUCGCCACCGACCAAACUCCAGCCCUAACCCAUAGACUUUCCCACCCUUCGAGAACUCCUACCCCUUCUUCUCCAUUUCUCCUAGGCUUCGACCCCAUGUCAUCCCCCACCAGUAGUCCUCACACUUUUCUCCCCAUAUUCUCUGUAAAACGAACCAAAGCACUGCCUGAUACCAAAACGUCUCUCUCACUCAAUGAAGAUUUGCGCGUAAAGGAAGUCGAGAAGGAGAAAACGGGCGAGACGCGCUUUGCCUCUCUUCUUUCGGCUUUCCAUGGCCUCUUGCGCUUAGUCACCAGUCGUUCGCGUUACGCUCGCCUCUAAGCGAAAAUUUUAGGGCGCUUUAGCAUCGACGAUGGCGACGGCAGCGAAAACGUCACUUUAAAAAGGCAUUCACGUUUUUUCAAGCAUUGUCGCGUUUAUUCCAAUCCUCUGAAAAUGUCAAAUGUAGGCGAAUUUCCCAAGAGAUGAUUUGUUGGGGACCGCACUCAAGUUUAGAGAGAGAAGGAAAAAUUCGUCGUCGCUUGUUUACGUCCUUCAUAAAGCGUGAAAUCAGGCAUUUUCACGUCGUAGUCGCGCAGUGACGGCAAAGAAAUGUGCAAACUGAAAAAGCGUGAUCCACGUGCAAAGUUGUUUUUUGGCGUUCUCGUUGCCGUCGCCGUCGUCGUUGCUAAAGCUCCGUAAAGAAGCGCCUAAGGAGGAGACAGAACCUAUACAUGUAUCAUGUAGGCACCGCCUUGAAAAUUUUCUUCCAGAGUGUUUCCAUUUGAAUGGUAUUAAACACCAUAGGAUUUCGUCCUCAAACUUUACAGCCUGCGUAGCUGGUUGUUUUGUUGGGGGGCGCUCGACAGAAAAACCGCAAACUACGGAGGCUAAAGAUUUUAAGGUUAGACUGACAUAUAUAUUCUCGCCAAAACAUCGUCAAGGAGUAAAGGGGUUAAUACAGCCAGUAAAUUGUGCAAUGAGCUGUUGGUUCCCCCAGGAUUCACUGAGGUUUACAAAUAUAGAACUGCAAUUUUGUUUAAAACAAAAUACUACAUUGCAGGAAAGAAACGACCAGCAUGGGACUACAAAGGCAGAUUAGAGGACAUGGAAGCGUUCUUAUUGAAGUCAAACUCCUGUAUGGAGAACAUGACGAAAACAAUUGGCGAUAACCAGGGUAGAAUAUGUUAUCUGGAAUCUUUGAAUAAACAGCUAGAGGGAACAGUGCAGGUUAAAAACCAGCAAAGUGAACAGGUGAGAUCAUUGCCGAUUGCUAUACCAUGGUCUGGGAGGGGGUCCCGAUCCCUACCGAUCCCGCAUUCCCGCUUCUUUUGCAUGACAAUCCCGCUUCCCGAACUUCUGUCAUCUCUGUCCCGAGUACCGUUUUCUUUCCCAAUACCGCCUACAGUGCCAAGAUUUUGGCGGAUCAAAAUUCCCGAGAAGCGGUGAAAUCCCGUUUCCCGUCAAGAAAUUUUGCGUUUUCCCGAAUCCCGUACUAUAUUUCGGUCCCAGGGGCCCGUUUCUCGAAAGUCCCGGUAACUUUACGGGCCCGAAAUCAAAUAUUCAAAUCGAAAUAUAAGGAAUAAGAGCGCGGGUCCUGGCUAGCAAACUACUCCAUUUUGUUUCAUUAACUGACAGUUUUGUCGUGUUAUAUGCAAAACUAUUGAAACCUCGGUCUUUAAUGUAAACGGAGACAGCUUACCGGGCCCGUUAAUUACCGGGACUUUCGAGAAACGGGCCCCAGGGUUAUAACAAGAUCACGGAAAUGUCAGGAAGAAAAGUUAUUCCUGGGUCUUGGGGAAAAACGCACUGUUUACGGUUAUUCUAAUCUCCCAACUCAAAAACGAAACAAAUUAUAAAGUUAGUUUUAUUCACCAUCAUUAUUUGCUUUGCGUGAAUGGCACGUGGAUUUCCCGUAUUUUCAAGGUAAUUAAUGUGCGAACGAGUUUAGUUUGUAUAAAGUUUUGUUCCAUUGCAAGUGAUAUGUUCUCGUUCAAUCGGAAAAAGCGCUUGAGUUGGGAGUUCUAAACAAUGAGGUAUAUUUUUAGUCAGUUAACACUUUAAAAGAAUCCUGAAAUCAUUACACAGAAAAACAAGUUGACAGGCUUAAGGUGGAAACAUUAUGAAAUUGGCGUAAUUUUUACGUGGGUAUUUUACGCGCGUAAAUUAAAUAGAGGUAAUGUAUAGGGGGAGGUCGCGCGUAAACUUAAAAUUUGAACCAAUGUACUUUUGGUUUGUCGCCUUUGCGUAAACGUAAAAACGUUUUUGAACCUCGCUCAAUUUUUUUCAUUUUUGACGUUUACGAAUUUUCAGUCAAAUCGCCUCUAUAACAUUGCCUCUAAUUUUUAUCAUCAUUCACGAGCGUAAACUUUACGCGACAGUGGAAAUCAACCCUUAGUCAUUUAUAAGAGUGUGCUAUCAUUAAUUGCUACUACCCGGCAGGUGGGUAAGAUAGCGAGAGACGUUGCGGCGUAAGGAAUGUAAACACCAAGUUAGAGAUUACUACAACUGUCAUUUGUAUGGAAAAAAUUACUAUUUUCCACGGGAAAUGUUCUCAGAGUUAGGCUAAUAGCCAAGAAAUGGCCAAAAUUUUGACCGAUAACAGAAAAUCCUGUACUCGCUCGUUUCACAGGCCGCAGCGAAGAUUCUGGAUCUUCAGCUGAAAGUCAACAACGCGGAAGAGGAAAUACGAUCACUUCAACUAAAACACGAGUUUGAAAUAGAGGUAGAGAAGAGAGCUAAGAAAAACCUUCAGCAAGAGAAGGAAUCCAUUGAGAACGAACUCAACAUCUCUAAACAAGAAGUCAUGGCUUUAAAAUCUACGGUCGCUAAAAUGACAGCAGAUUCAUUGGGAAUAACCACGGAAUUACAGGCGACCAAGGUAGUGUUUGUCUGUUUAUGAACUUUUUUUAGCUUUUUAGUGUGAAUGCUGCGCCCACUAAACUAAACAGACUCUUUCACAUGCAUGCUCUUUCACAUGCAUCUAUUCAUAGAUGGGCGUGGAAGGCACGCGCGGGCUGCCCGCGAAAGGAGACGUGACAGCGAGGUACGGGAAGAGAAAGGGAGGGCAAUGUUCUACUUUUCCUUCGAGGCCCCUCACGGCCUCCCCACUCGUCCUCGCGUUCUCACGCUAGAGAGCUUGCACGCAGACUAUUUUAAAGGCCGUAAACAGUCCGGAAUAUCCCUAAAUUUAAGGACAGGGCCAACUGGUCACGCGACACUUUUCAACCAAUGAGAAGGCGCUUUUGUGUUUAUCAACAAACAAAUCAAAACAUCGCCGCAGUGAUCAAAACAGCGGACGGAGUUGGUCAGAAUCAGUCAUCGUUUCGAGGCUCUCAGGCAUAUUUUUAAGACUUUUCAUGAGGCAUACACAAUUUUUUUAAGUGGACAGCGUAUCGCAAGCCAUAUUGGAAGUGUCUCGUAAAAUAUUCAGCACAUUUUGUGGCUUAUUUCUUCUUUAAACAACGCGAUAUAUGGGCGAGAUUUUGGUCAGUUUUCAAGGUAGGUGAACAAGUAUCUGUUAUUUUUUCGAUUCACAGAUUUUUUUUACGAAGUUCUAGAACAAGUAUCUGUUAUUUUUUCGAUUCACAGAUUUUUUUUACGAAGUUCUAGAUAUUUUUCCACGAUUGUCAUAUCGAUUAACUUUUAUCAUGUUGAAUGUGGGGAUGGUAGACAACCUAGAAUUUUGGUAGACCAAAAUGAAUUCCGAGGUCCAAAACACGUACGUUUUCCACUCCCGGGUUUCUCACAGAGCCGUGUUAUUACUUUUUUUCGCAUUAGUGCGAGCCUUUGCCUUUUUUCUUUUCAAGGCCAAAACAACUUUAUUAGUCUUAUGAAUAUUCACGUCCUACAUCUCGCCUCACUUUGCCGAAUUUGCGGGGAUGAAAUUGAAGAUCAUAAGCGCAAGGUAGAUACUAACCGCUUUGUUUCUGAAAUUCACCAAAUGUGGAAAGAUUUAAUGUCGCUGGAUUCUCCAAAUGUUCAUCCACCGUUAAAAAACAAUCAAAGAAAGAAGGCAAAUUUCAAGUGUAAAUGAUGUAUUUCGCAACUCAUUGAACAUGCACUAAAUCUAGAUCUGGGAUAAAAUUAAAACAUUGCAGGUACUACAGCGAUUACUACAUCAAGCAAGGAAAGCACCAGAUGCGUGAAGUCCACACGAAACAACACCAGAAAACAAACAAGAAAAAAAUUAAUAAAUUUGAACUAUUUUUUAUUCUUGUUAUGAUGACUGGUUCUUUGAUUCUUGUCCUGUAGAAGCUAAUAGGUAGUACCGAUCCUGUUUUGUAUGAUCUCAACAAAUUUUCACACUCUCUGUAAGGCUAUUUUUACACGGGACCAGUUUGCUUCUAUCAAAAAUCUUGCAAGCCAUGCCAGUGAAGCCACGACCUCCGCGCUCAGUCCGGUUUCAGUUCAAACACCCCAAUGAUUCCUUGCAAUGAAUAAUGCUCUUAUUCUCUUACAUGAAAUGUUUUCUUUGAAAUAUUAAAUGUGAAACCUACACGAGUAUUGUAAGCUCAUCUUUAAUUCUGUCCGUCGACUUCGUCCGUUGUUUUGAAAAUUUUUGAGCACUGGGGCGAUGUUUUGAUUUGUUUGUUGAUAAACACAAGCACGCCUUCUCAUUGGUUGAAAAGUGUCGCAUGACCAGUUGGCCCUGUCCUUAAAUUUAGGGAUAUUCCGGACUGGUAAAGGAAGGCGCCUGUUCGGUAGUCUUAAAUACUGAGAUUUGAAGCACAUUUGAACGUAAAUACAAAUACAGUACAGGCGCCAGGUCUGUGUUUAGCCGCCCCCUCGACGCAAAUAUCUAUCAAUUUCAGGUGAAAUAAAAAAGCGUCAAGAAAUCAAUAAUGUAACUUCUUUUCUCUUGCGGCCUCACAAAAGGUUGCAAUUACGUCACGAAACAGUUCAAACUUUAUUAGCGUUAAAUAGGAAUUCCAAAUACGGAAAGAAAAAACAGAUCAUUGCUUAUCUUCCCAGGUUUCUUUGCAAAAAGCUUUGGACGAAAGUCAGCAAAAGAGUGACACGAUUGCCAAACUCGAAGAUACAGUACGGGAACUUCAAAGCCACGUGGCCUCGCUGGAUUCCAAACUCCGUUCCGAGGAAACCAUCCGUCGCGAGCUCCAUAACACGAUACAGGAACUCAAGGGUAACAUCCGGGUGUUUUGUCGGGUGAGGCCCGUGCUUGCUUCCGAGGAAGGCCAGCGGUUAGGCGCAUUUUCCUUUGCGCAAGACGAGAGAGAACUGGCGAUAGAAUCAACCUCGGCGAAUGAGGUGAGAGAUGGUAUGAAACUCGUCUCCAGAGCUUUUGUUUUCCUUUAGAAAAUGGGGGUCUUGGCGACGAGGUUAACACGAUAUGAGAAAUGAUAUGCAACAAAAAUGUAUACCGUAAAUCAUUUCACCCACUCCUUGUUUCUGAUGCCCAUAACAGCGCUGCCCAAGGAACGCAUCAACCGUCAUGUACAAAGCAUUGCAAGGAUUUUGCUUAGCGUCGAAGUCGUAGUCAGAAGUGGUAAGCUUUAUGAUCUCGUGAAAAAAGCGUUCGGAUUCCGUUUAUGACUCUAUCACUUAUGAAGCGAAAUAACUAAACCAGUCUUAAAGCGUGGCUUGGUUUUUACUUUAUCCUUCGACUUCUGCUUUCAACUUCAACGAUCUGGUUAUUAUUACUUAGUCAUCAGCGGAGUCGGAAGAAAAUUAAAGAUGUAAACAGGUUCUGAUUAUUCCGACUCUGAUUCUGUCAAGCUUCGGACUCCGGUUUUUAAUUUCCACUAAUGAAAGUCACAAGCGCUCUUACUAGUUUAAAAUAGCCUUUAUCUCUGAAAGCCGUGAGUCGUUUUAGGGCCGGCAUAAACAAUCGUCGUCUCUAUCGUGCUUAGUUUGUCGAGCAGUUAACCGGCUCAGCUAAAAGGCAAAGGACCUCUACCAUGGAAAACCAGGAAGGUCAAUAAAUUUGAGAAUUUCUUAUUCCACGCCUGAGAACUCAUGGAAAAUUGAAGUUAUGUUUGGUAGAUUAGUUACUGCAGAUGUCAAAGCAAGGACAAAGGACAAGUAAUUAAACAGCGCGAACGGCACGCGCUUUGGUGGACACCAGAGUGUGUGUCUUUUGAAUUGAGUUUUGUAAAAUAUAGUCACCAAAAACAAGAAUAAUUUUGAAGAAUUUCGAAAGUAACAGCUAAACCGAAGUUGUUUAGAAACUGGAGGUUGGUUUAGGGUUUGUACUUAAUCUCGACCCAGAGCUCUUCUGCACAUGUAAGCACUGGGGUCGAGAAUGGGUUUGUACUCUUUUGGAGAGUCAUGGAAUUAACAAUUUGAAGUGCUCAAGAGAGUACGAACCCUACCUGGUUGCCAUAUGUUGGUUCUUUAGUAAUACACACUCAUCUUUAUUUAUGUUGUCAAUCCACAGAGUAUUUGCGGAACUAAAAAAGCCCCACCAAAACACGAAUUUGCUUUCGAUAGAGUGUUUAACCCGUCUUCAAGUCAAGAAGAUGUUUUCGGUGAAAUUUCACAGUUAAUCCAAUCCGCUCUCGAUGGCUAUAACGUGUGUAUAUUUGCCUAUGGUCAAACGGGCUCAGGAAAAACUUACACGAUGGAAGGGAACACUGCGGACCCUAAAAAACAGGGGAUGAUCCCAAGGGCCUUGGAACAGGUGUUCAGGACAUCACAGGACCUCAAAGAAAAGGGCUGGCAGGUAAGCAAGAAAAAUAUUGCCUUGAAAACCGAUGUUGUUCCCUUGCAUACACUUUGUCGGCGCAUCAUGCGUGCAACCGGAAAAGGGCAUCUUACUGAUAGCUACGUGACGCACACUUUCCUCUUCUUGCUAAAUGCUAUUUUUUUGUCAGCUACUGUCUUUAAAACUUUUAAACCAGGAUACAUGUUUUAUGUGAAUUCGAUUCUUCCUCGUUUGGGGGUACCAUUUACUGUAGGUUUCUUGAAAUGACAAGGCAAUGCUGUUACAUCCCUGCCAUGACGUUUCUCACUAUGAUCUUUUCUCGCGGCGAAAGUUAAACUUUACAAACAGUCAAACCGCAUUUGUGAGCGAAGGUUUCGAUCCUUGCAGUGAUAAAUUGAAUAUGGUGCUGUACAGAUGAGGAAAAAGCGCAGAGGUCGUCGCAAAAUUUACGGCGAUGAUCAAAACUACCACCCAUGUUUCAUCCGCGGUUCACACCUGAUUACUGCACGUAAUUAUUUACUUUCUACAACACCUAUUGCAUUUAAGGUGGAAUCCUACUGUUUGCAUGUAAAAUAUACGCGCGUGAGCGUAAAAGUUGAGCGAGGUUCAACUUUUACAUGCAAGCGCGACCUUCCAAACAUUGCUUGUACAUUAUUUACGCGCGUAAAAUUUACGUGCAUACACUGGUAAAAAUAACACGACAGUGGAAAUCCACCCCUAGUCCCUUAGUCAAGGCCGCUUACAAUAUUUGACACAGACACCAGUUCAUAACUACUUAGUAGAAAAAGAGUACAAUGUGUCGAGGUACCAUACAACAGUAUUACCGCAAUCAACACAAUUGAGUCUUUAAACUUGUUGACGCUGAUUAUUUCACUUCCGUUUCUAGUACACCACCGAGGCCAGUUUUUUGGAAAUUUACAACGAGACGAUCAAAGACCUCCUGGGCUCUGGCGAUCCAAAUGCAAAACACGAAAUUAAACUUGUUAAUCCUAACAGUACGGGAAGCGCUUGCGAAGUAACGGUCACUAAUGUCAAAACAGUGACUGUUACAUCCGAAACACAGGUGGGUUGACGACCUUGUAGCUUGUGAUACGGGACUUCUACUGCCUUUGUCCUGUUAUGUUUUUAAUGGACAGACAAUUGUGUGGGAUUGUUAAUAGCCAUGAAAUAUAUUUUUUUAAAACAAUCUGUGCCUCGGAGUGUAUCAAAACUCAAACAGUAUUACUUAACCUACCACCAAAUGGAGCUUUUGAAAGUUCAGUUUCGAUUUUUUUAACAUUUGAUAUACCGCUUAGAGGGCAUAUUUGUUGGACAAGAGGCUGUAGUUUUGUCAUUUUUAAAUAAUUUCUUUCCUAGCGUUUAGAUCUUCAUCCAUAGUGCAUAAGGACACUUUUUACUGGCAAUAUUGAAAAAAUGAACCAUACAUCCGUGACACUGCCCUUUUAAAAGUCGCCCUGCCAAUUCAUGGACACGCCCUAUGUGGGAACGAAACACUGAGCUCGUCUUUGUGUCUUGCAGUUUUUCAAUCCUUCACAGUACUUGAACCUAGUUUAUUCUCUUUUCCAGAACGUCAAAGCGUUUCGUCAUGAAAGGAUUGUUAGCCUGUGUUAUAUACUCGUGACCAUGUUUUUAUUUUUCAAAUGGAUGCUCACGAGCUGUAAAUUUGUAACUUAAGAUUUCGAAAUGCUUUGCACCAUUCUUUUGCUGCUUCCUCUAUGUAAGGGUAAUGUAACCCCUCUCGCCCCAAAAUUACUCGGACAUCUAAAAUCCUAUUACUGAGUACUAGACAGUCCUUAGGAACGUGUAAGGCAUUUACGGCAGUCACCAGUCUACCUCAUUACUUCUGUGUAGGGGGCUAUAAUUUACUCCUUUAUUCUCUUUCAUAUUUAGUGGUGAAGUUAGGCUAAAUUCUUCGUAUUGGUUUUUGUCGGUUUUGUUACAGGUGUACAGUUUAUUGGAGAAAGCGACUCAAAACAGAGCUGUAGCCGCCACACAAUGCAAUGAGCGUUCUUCACGAAGUCACAGCGUCUUUAGACUGAAGCUCGUUGGUGAAAAUCAUCUCACCGGUGAAAAAUGCCAAGGUAUACUACGCUGAGUUAGUCUGAAAUGUCGUCCGUAUCUUUCACUGUUUGUCCAGACGAUUGACCAUGUACUCACUUCAAUUUGCAGGGACCCUGAACCUUAUUGACCUGGCAGGAUCCGAACGCUUAAGCAGUUCGGGUUCCACUGGGGAUCGGUUGCGAGAAACGAAGAGUAUUAACAAGAGUUUGAGUAACCUCGGAAAUGUUAUCAUGGCUUUGGCCAACAAAGAGCAGCACAUUCCCUACAGAAACUCUAAAUUAACCUUCCUGCUGCAAAACUCCCUCGGUGGAAACAGUAAAAGGUGAGGGGUUAGUUUUUGGGACCGCUCCAAAAGAUGCAACUCGCUUCCAUUUUAGAGUGUCUCACCGCAGACAAGCAGCUUAGAGUCAUGUACCUUAAGGAAUUGCUGUAUGACUGGAGUGAGCGAAUGAGCGGAAGCUAAGAGGAAUUGGACGGAGGUUGGACCUCAGCCCCUUCGUGCCAUUGCUAUAGCGAUUAGGCCAUUUCCACGAUGAUGUCAUCUUACUAUCACGACCAGAAUCCAUUUUUUCGUUUUUCCUUUCAUAUUUAAAUUUGGUAAUCCCAGCGAGGUCUAAAUAACAAAAGCCCCAAUUUGCACGAGAAAGCAAAACCCUGAAGGAUUCUUGUCGUAGUAGAAUGACAUCAUCAUGCAAAUGGCCUAUUCUGGACUAUGGUGUGGCCAUUCAUAUUAAACCUCUCCUGUAAAGGCCUUACAGAGUCCUUAACGAGGGCAACAUUUCACAGUACGCAACGACAACGCUACGACAUUAAGGCUGGUUUUCACUAGCGACGUAGUAGUUAGCGGAAUCAGAAGAAUCAGAACGCUGUUUUCAAUAGAUGUUAAAGUUCUGCUCUUCUGAGUACGACUCCGUCGCUAAUGAAAACCAGCCUUUUGGCCUUAAAAAGUUAAUUCGCGCUCCUUCAAACUUUAUUGCGCUUAUUCCAUCUCGCUCAGUUCGUCAAAUGUUGGCAAAUUUUUCUGGAGUUCACUUCUAAAAGACUGUAUCGAAGUUCUGGAAAAGAAAAAGAAAGUUGCGGUCUUGUGUUCACGUGCUCCACAAAAUUUUCUCUACUUCUUCGAUCGAUGAUCUCGUGAGCUGAACGCUCCUCCUUCACUCAUCACGUAGGCGUCGCCAGCUAUUUGUCUCGUUCCUUUCACUUUUUUAAAUAGAGAAACUGUAAACCAUCUACAACUCCUCUGAGUCUUAACCCUUUUUCGAUUCUGUUACAGUUUGAUGUUUGUAAAUAUUUCACCAAAGGAGGAAUCACUGCAGGAAACACUUUGUUCUCUUCGAUUCGCCACAAAGGUAAGCGCAGCUUCUAUAUGAGAAUUUCCUCAGUUUGACAAAUGUAAAACGUUAACUGAUGAUAGAUUGUGUCUGAUUGUUUCGUUUCUAAGGUUUGACUGGUUAGCGCCGCCUUUUCAAUCUUUAAGCCUUACACCCCUAAAAUGUUUCCAGUCCAAAAACGUUUUUAAAAAUCGCUCGUAAGCGACCGCGACCACUUUCCGGGUGAUGGUUUUAGUACUUUUCCAUUGCUUUUGGCAUCUUGUAAGCGACCGCAUGACUCAUGGUGUGUGUGCUGUGUACUAUGUUCACUGUAUGUGCUGCACUAUAUAGAAUAUGCCAACAAUUUUUAGAUUUACCAUAGCUUUCCCUAGACCUAAUGGCAGCAAUAAAUAGCAACUGCUCAUAUUAACGUGGAAAUUUGAGUCUGAAAAUAAACUUAUUCCUUUUUUUUCUACAGGUGAACCAGUGUAAUAUUGGAACUGCACAGAAAAAAGUUCUCAAGUGAUUUAGAGAGCUCAGAGAUGAGAGUUAUUUUGAAAGGCAUGCAACUGGUCGCUUUUUAAAUUUUAACGCAAGGACAGCGGAUUUAUAAGCCAGAAAAUUAGAGUAGACUGAAAAUCCACGUUGAUGGUUUUAGGUUUUGUUUUAGAAUAUAUCUUAGCCUCACCUUUAUUAUUUUACUAUUAUUAUUUUUUAAUGUAAUACCAUCAUAUGUGCUUGCGUGCGUUUUUCGUCAUUUUUUCGCCGCACCAACUGGUUUUUCAUACCAACACGUUCCUUGUACACUGUACAUACGUAUUCGCGGGAGAGAACUAGUAGGGAAAAAAUACCAAAUUUGUGAUAAUCGAAAUUCACUCGUCAAAUAGCUUUACACUGUUACUCCACCAAAGUUUUCGGUUGAUCUUUCCACUUAUUUCUGUAAUAUGCGUUACAAGCAGACAGGCAAGAAGUCAGUCAGAUCUUGAAACAAAUAUGUGUAGCUGGCUGUUGACACGGGAAGACUAGAAACUAGGCCACGAUUGGUUCGUUGGCUCGAAUUUACCUCUGAUUGGUUUAGAGCGUUGAGCAGGACAUUUCAGCCAAUCGCAAAACACAACAAUGUAAACAGUGACCAAGCUUCAUCUCCAGAUUCUCCCCCUGCUUACUCGCGAGAGCUUUUAAUACGCGCGGCCACUCGGUUUCUGGGCCGUUGCUCGAAAGUCCCAAUAACUUUUCGGGCCCGGAAAGCUGUUUUAGGUUUGCCGUGUUUGCAUUUAGGAUCAAAAUUUCAAUAGUUUUGAAAGUGAUACAAUGAAACUAUCAGUUAACGAGUUGACUGGUUUCUGAGCUACGAACUGUGGUACCAUUCAACUGGUUUUGAUUUCAAAAUUUACCUUUGCACCCGAAAAGUUACCUGGCCUUUCGAGAAACAGGACCCAGGGGGUAGUUUCUCGACAGUCCCGAUGGUUAACGGGCCCGGUAAGCUGUCCCCGUUUACAUUAAACAUCGAGGUUUCAAUAGUUUUGCAUCAUUUUAUCAUGUUAAAUGCAAAACUAUUGAAACCUCAAUCUUUACUGUAAACGGAGACAGCUUACCGGGCCCGUUAAUUAUCGGGACUUUCGAGAAACGGGCCCCAGGCCCGAUCUAAAGAAUAAAUUUCCGGGCCGUAGCUUACAAAUCAUUGUAUCUUUUGUUUCAUAAUUUUAUCAUUUUAUCUGCAAAACUCGAUCUUGAACGUAAACAAAAACAGCUGUCUGGGCCCGGUAAUUAUCAGGACUUUCGAGAAACAGACCACAGGUGGACCAAGAUACGCGAACGUGAAGGCCACAGAUACAGUCUCCCUUUUGCUCCUCAAUUCUUACUCUUGAUGAAAGUAGGGCAUUGUGCAAGGAUGAUACCCUUACUAACACUACCAUCAUUCAUUUAUGUUUCUUUCCGUUUUUGAAUCUGACAAUUCAAAUGUCGCUUAAAUACUUGUGGUAACAUUAGCAAAACAUGAUCGACAAACUGUGCAAUGUGAACUUGAGUAUUCCAGUCUCCGUG